CCCCCCGGGGGUAACAAUAUGUUGCGGGGCCGGCUCCGCGCCCUGGCCCCCGGGGACACCGCUCUAUGGCGGGGGGCGGUGCUGGCUCCCCUGGGGAUCCCGACAUAUGAGAGAUACCAACUUUGCGCCUGAGUGAAAAAGCUUUUCCAGGAUGGCUUUGAAUUGCUACUGGGGAGUCUUGGCAGUCUGUAUGAUGACUUUUCCAAGCACACUUUGUUUCCAGCAGGACCAGUCCAGAGUGUUACUAUUAUCUUUUGAUGGAUUUCGAUGGGAUUACAUUUAUAAAUUCCCAACGCCUAACUUUCAUUAUAUCAUGAAGAAUGGUGCUCAUGUUAAACAGGUUACUAAUGUGUUUAUUACGAAAACUUAUCCUAAUCAUUAUACAAUGGUGACAGGUCUCUAUGCAGAGAGCCAUGGCAUAGUCGCUAAUGAAAUGUAUGAUCCUGUCCUGAACAAAACUUUCUCCCUGAACAGCAUGAACAUCUAUAAUUCAAAGUUCUGGGAAGAGGCCUGUCCAAUAUGGGUCACCAACCAAAUGGAAGGACAUAGAACCGGAGCUGCUAUGUGGCCUGGAACAGAUGUAAAAAUACAUGGAGUCUUUCCUACGCACUAUAUGUUUUACAAUGAGUCUGUUUCAUUCGAAGAUCGAGUUGACAAACUUAUUGAUUGGUUUACCUCAGAAGAACCCAUCAAUUUUGGUCUUCUGUACUGGGAACAGCCUGAUGCGAUGGGGCAUGUUUUGGGCCCAGAAAAUCCACGUAUGGGCGCAGUCAUUAGUGAGAUUGAUGACAAGCUGGGAUAUCUUGUGUCAGAACUGAAGAAAGCAAAGUUGUGGGACACACUGAAUAUCAUAAUCACAAGUGACCAUGGAAUGGCACAGUCUUCUUCAGAAAGGCUCAUAGAGCUUGAUCAGUACGUGGCUAGAGAGCUGUAUACAAUGGUUGACCAUUCUCCUGUGGUAGCAAUUUUACCAAAAGAAGGCAAACUUGAUGAAGUGUAUGAAGCCUUGGUCAAUGCUCAUCCCAACAUGACUGUUUAUAAAAAGGAGGAGAUUCCAAAUAGAUUACACUACAAACACAACAGUAAAAUUCAACCAAUCUUAGCAAUGGCUGAUAAAGGAUGGGAAAUCUUACAAAACAAGUCUGAUCAACUUCUCUUGGGUAAUCAUGGAUACGACAACGUCCUACCAGAAAUGCACCCAAUCUUCUUGGCCUAUGGUCCUGCCUUUAGAAAGAAUACCACCAAAGAAGCCAUGAGUCUUGCAGAUCUGUAUCCUUUGUUGUGCCAUCUGCUUGGUAUCAGUUCAUUGCCAAACAACGGGUCAUUCAGCAAUGUGGAAGAUUUGCUUCUUACGGAAGUUCCAAGAGACCUGAAUCCGAGAUAUUAUGCACAGGAGUCCUAUGCCUAUUUUAUAGGAGUUUUUCUUGGUAGCAUUCUUGUUGUUGUUUUUCUUCUAGUUUUUAUUAAACACAUAACCCAGAGCCACCUACCUAGAAUGCAGGUACAACACACUGAAAUUUCCCAGCCGUUACUACAAGGGUAAUAUUACUUUCCAAUGAAGGUACUUUAAUAAAAACAAUGAAAAGUUAUUCUAGGUAUUUUGAGCUUAAAAGAAGUUUUCCUAGAAAUUAUUAGGUUAGGAAAUCUGCAAAAAUAAAUGCACAUGGUGCACUGGGGUAAAUAUGUAACAGAUGCGUACAGGGAGAGCAUGUUUCUGUUGCACCAUAUAACCACUUAAUUUUUCAGGGGUUGAAAACCCCUCUAGAUAAUACUGGAAGGAUAUGUAUAUAGAUAUUUAGUACCUUUAAACCCUUGGAUACCUCAUUUUAAGUUAAUAUUGGGAAAUAGAAAUCAUUUUAGAUUCACUAAGCUCUUGGUCCUUAUCUUCUGGAUUUAAACAAAAAUCUAUUUAGGUUAAGAAAAGAGUGUAAGGGAUCCACCGUGGAAGGAUGGGCAGAUAGUAUAGAUUUUAUCCAAAAUGCUCUGAUUUUGUGCAUUCAAUAUAAAUAUCACUAUAAUAGUGUUUGUACAAGUUGCAAAGCCAUGUAUGUCUCUGAAUUCUCUCUCUAAAUUAUAGCAACUAAAAUACAUACCUUGAUAUAUUCCAAUGUUGUUACUAUAAUAAUCAGUCAGUAUUAAAUUUAUUUGAACUGCUAUUUGGUUAAAAAGUUUAAGGCUUCAAUGAACUAAAAUAUUCAAUAGCGAAGUAGGAAAAACAUCGUAACUAACAAGAACCUACAUGGGUCUGUAUCAUACCAGGAAAACUGAGCUGAAUUAUCAAAAGGAUGCUAUCUCAUGGAAGUAAUAGACAACAAAAUAUUGGACACAGCAGGCCAAAUCCCCCCCAGUUUAAGCAGCUGUGAUUCCACUGAUGCCAGUGGAGCUGAGCCCCUACUGCUCAGCAGUGAGUUUGACUGCCCUUUUUAAAUAAUAAUCUUUGCAAGGUGGGGGAUGUGUAGGACUUUCUUUGCAGCCAUAGGGUAAUCUGCAUCACAUUGUUGCAGACAGGAAUCUGGAAAGUUUCCACAGAAACUAUACUGAUGCAGUGGAUACUGCUCAGGAGUGAUGUGGCAAUGAGACCCUCUCUCAUUCAAGAUCUAUUGUAAUUCUAAGUUCUUAAAAACUAGUAAAAUUCUUUAUGUAAAAACAUUUUUUUGUCUGAAUUGUAAAGGGUGGCUUUUGCUUGAAAGUGGAUCAGACAGGAUAGUCUGAAAUAAGCAAGAAAACUGAUAUAAUUAGCAGGAAUUCUUCCUUAAUGCAACUUGUGUAGCAACAAAAUUUGCUUGUGAGCUGUAACUAUAAUUCUGCUGCUGUAGCAGACAUCUUUAUAGCUGAAAUAGAUGAUUGUGCAUUUUGGUCUUUAAUUGUAGCAGGCAGUGUUGUGCAUUUCUAAAUUGAGUUAUAUGACCCACAGAAGGCUGGUGUUUCAUGGGUUGUGGCUUAUUGUCAAAUUGGGGUGGGCAAGAAUACUGAAACUGAGUUGAUAGUCACAGAAUUCAGUUUCAAAACUCAGCAUUGUGUAUAACUUAAUCUGACUCAUGUCUGUGAAAUUCUGUUGUAAUUGUCCUGGGGAGCAUGUGCUAUUGCUCAAUCUCCAUCUUUGCUUAGGUGGUCAAGGAAAAUCACCCUGUGGCCAUAGUGUCUGUAAUGUAAAGCUGCCUGUUGCUGGAGAAGCCCACAUCCUGUUUUUAGUGCCAGAUGAUAACAGAAGUAGACUAGGCAGUAGACUUUGUCUUAAAAGAAUUAUUUUGUUUGAUGAACUAAAACAGAUGAAAAUGGCGUUCACAGUAGUGGUUAAGACCUUGAAGCUCAGAGCAGAUGAACCUAGAUUAAAAUCAGGCUACCAGUAAACUUUACUAACAGAAAGGUCAGGAUCCACUGCAAUCUUUACUUUGGCAAUCUUGUCCUCAGGAAUUGGUGGAAAGUAUUUUGGUUGGAUGGUAAGGGGAGAUGUUUUGUAUAAAAUCUCUACCUUUUCUGAUCUUAGUAACCUAUAUGCAAUAAUUCUCUCAUCAAUUGAAUAAAUGUAUUCAAAUUCAGAACUGAGAGCUACAAUCUGACAGCACUUCCUGCAUUGCAGAAGCCUAGAUAAUCUUCCCUUACUCUGUCCAUUUUCAGUAGCUUCUUCACUCAAGCUCUGUCUCCUCAUCCCCAUGACCUUGGUAUUAAAAAUUUCAUGCAGGAUAGACAAUGUGAUCUUUCUUUGCACAAUUGAAUAGUUAUUUUCUCUCAACGUGGCAGGGACCUUAAUGUGGCUUUUUAGCAAAUGCCACAGUGAGCAAGUAAAUUAUAUCCUCAAGGGUGUAGUAAGCACUUGCAAUUUGUUUUUAUAUCAGGUUAAAAGUUGUAUAAUUCAGUCUGUUAGGCAAUUUACUGAUUUAGGGAAAAAGAAGUUCAGUACAUCUGUCAUCAAUAACAUUUGUACCCAGAAUUCCCAUUAUCUAAACAUACAGUUUAGUGAAGAGCAAUGUGUUCUAAGAGAAAAUUUUGUAUUUGUGAGCCAAUACCCCCAGGAAAAAGGGAUUUUGCUAGUCACAAAACCUGUUUAAGUUGAAGCAUGCACUGUACUGUAAAAAUAACUGACAGGUUUUGAAGGGGGAAGCUGUGUGUUCAGUUGUUUGUUUGACUUUUAUAUCUCUACAAGCUAAAAACUGUCUUUGUUUUCAUGUUUUGUUUUAGUGUAAAUAAAAAACUUUAAUGUCUAUUGUUUAGGAAUAGUUGCAGGACACCUAUCUAAUAUGGGUUAUGUUUAUAAAUGAACAAGCCUAAACCUGUAAGCACAAGAAAUAGUACCAUGGGAGAAGUGUGUUAGAUGCUCCAGCCCAUGCUCUUUGAAAGGGCACAGGGUGUGAUGUGUGUGCCUUUUGAGUACUUUAAGAUUGCAUGUGAUUGAGUUAGUGGAAGCUGGGGUUAAAAUAUAUUGCAACUGUGAGUUCAGGGAAUUGGAAAGCUCGCACUGUUUAACAAAACAAAACACUAAAAUGUGGCAUACUUUGACUCUAGUCAAGAAUGUUCUUUCCUAUCUGUGCUUGCAAACAUAAUUUUGUCAGUGCUAGUAGUGUUCAAGUUAUAACUAAGAUUGAGAACCUGAAACUUGUAACAGUUUUAUGAAAAGAUUUAAUAGGCAUGUGUUUUAAUUACUGAAAUAAUUAAAAGAGUAAAUAGUAAAGAAACAUGGGAGAGUUCUGGUUUCAUAAAUUGAAUGAGCAAACUAAGGGUCUGGGAUAUGAAACUAUAAGGCCUCACAUGUAUUCAUUAUAUUUUGAUAUAUGCAACUUAACAGUCUUCAUAAAAGGUAUUUUCUGGCUGAGUUAACAAUUACUCCUAUUCCUGUCUUUAUUCAAUUACUUUGGAGAGAAGUAAGGUGGAUGAGGAUAAACAAACUCCAGAGUAUGACAUUAUUUAGAAUGCAAACAAACAGCAACAAGCAACAACCAAUCAACAUAGAAACCAAACAUCUUCCCUGUGUCCUGCUAUGACAGCUGUACUUUACUGGGUCACUCAUGUUGUUGGUUCAGGGACUGAACUCUUCAGGACCAACAGCUGGCCUCUUUUGUGCACCUGGAACCCAUUUCUAGUAGUCUGCCAGGCUCAGAAUUUGAAGGGUUUCAGGAUGCAGAGUAGAAGCACUUUUCAAUUUGGCCUUUAUCUGCUGAUCACUCUAGCAGCAGGGAAUAGUGGGUUUUUUUUAUAGCAACUAUUCUAAAGACACUUGUAUUUGCUUUAAACUUGUAUAAGAUGCCAACACAAUGGUUACUGUUUGCAUAUUAAAUACAUUGUUUCUUUCCACGGUCAACAAUUCUACAAUCUAUCUGUGGGACUGUGGACUAGGUGUCCGUGAAAGACUGACUGAAAACUGAACAGAAUUCAGCUAUAGAUACAGAUUUCCAAAGAGGUCCAUGCCUCCAUUUGAAAUUUCCAAAAGGGGUCCACAAAUGAAAGACUGAGAACUGCUGACUUUAUUACAAAAAAGACUUUUUUCCUUUCUUUUAUGACCGACCAUUCAAAAGACUAGAUAUAGAGUCAAAAAUAGCACUAACACUGAAAGCUAUGGGAUAGGGUAGCAAAACAGAUCACAAAACAUAUGGGGUUUCCAUCUCUUGUUAUACUGUAUAUGUAUGGAUAUAAAAAGCUUAGACAGCUACUUAUUGUGACUGGUCAGUUCUAAGAGUUUGCAGCACUUUAGCUUGGAUAGAUUCAGUCUCCAGACACACUAGAGUCCUCAUCCAAGGUUUCUUCACGAUCUGAGUAACUCAACAAAUUACCCAUCAGACAAAGCCUUUGCAAAUAUCCUGUAUAUAUCCAAUUCUUGGUGGCAGUUUGUCCAAAGUGCAUUUUUAACAGUAUUAAUCAAUUCAGGAUUUUGAAAUGGGAUUUUGUAAUUUACAUGAUCUCAUGAUCCAGUGACAGUCUCUCCAGUAAGAUUAUUUUGUUUAGUGGUUUUGUAAUGUCAGUGUUGGAAUAAAUCAAAGUACUUUUACCAA